AUGCUCUGCGCCGAGUUCGGAGCGAAUCCUACCUUAGGAGCGGGUAAAGUGCAAAUGCUGGAGGAUCCGAGCAUGAAACGCGCUUCCCUGGCGUGCACGGCUUCCGUCGUCCGCCUAAUUACCAACUCGCCAAUCCGCUUUGUGUUCGAGCGAAAUUAUUCGCUUAUUAAAAUAUCGCGCGGCCCGCACCUGUCCGCUCUC